AUGUCCGCCUCGCCGGAACCACAAGUCGCCUCGCGCACUGCCUCGCCAGAACACGACGUCCCGACCGAAGCUGCCAUCCAAGAUCCUGCUCAGGAAAGCCAUGCCGAGGACAAUAAUAAUGAUGACGAGAUCUCCGACGAUGAGUCUUUUCUUUCCGAGGUCGACGAAGCACAGUUUGACAAUUUCGACCCUGAGAAUGUCGACCUUGAGGACCGCCCGCUACCCAUUGAUGAAGAUAACCUUAAGCUGAUCGGACGCCACAAGCGCAAGCGUGCCGACGGUGAUGAAGGCACUUCGCGUCGGAAGAAGGAGGGUCGUCGCCCAAAGAAGAGUCAAGCCGACAGUUAUCCGGAAGAGACUGAGAAAACUCGGCGUUCUGACAACAAACGCCGUCAGAACAUUGGAGAUAUUAUGGAUGACCAGGAGAUUAAGGAUAAGAGGGGUUCCAAGGGACGCUCGAAAAAGAAGGCUGAUAGCUUGGAUUUGGAGGCUAUGCUCGAUAAGGAAAUUGAGGACAUGCGAAAGCGCAUGGCUCUUGCCGCUGAAAUGGAUGCAAACAGUCGACAGCAGGGCGAGCCCGCUGUGCAAAAACUCAAACUCUUGCCGGAAGUUCUCAGGCUUCUCAGCCGCACCCAGUGCAUAGACAGCUUGGUCGACCCAGAAAUCAAUCUGCUGCAGGGUGUUCGGUUUUUCCUUGAACCCUCGGACGACGGCUCACUGCCUGCUUUUAACAUCCAGCGUGAUCUAUUGACAGCUAUUUCCAAGCUCCCGAUCCAUAAAGAUGCCCUCAUUGCGAGCGGUAUUGGCAAGGUGGUUCUGUUCUAUACCAAGAGCAAGCGUACCGAGAAGUCCAUCAAGGUUAUGUCAGACAGACUGCUUGCCGAAUGGACGCGUCCCAUCCUCCAUCUUAACGAUGAUUACAGAAAUCUCAACGUUCAGAAAGUUAACUAUGAUCCUACUAAGAACGUCAAGAGCUUCCAAUCCACGUCUCAAAUUAUUGCUGCUCAUGUCCGAGAAGCUGACAAUCUCCCCCCUCGUUUGGCCAACCGCGCACGUGUCGAUCGUACCAAUUACAAUGUUGAGUACACUGUGGCUCCUCAGCAGCUCCAUCUUCCGUCCAAGAACCCAUCUGCUCGACCUAUGGGCUCAGCUGGAGAAGAUAGAUUCCGCAAAAUGAAACGACAGCAAGCGGUGGGACUAAGUAUCAACAAGCGCAAGCUCCGUUAG